UCAGUUGGCGGACCGUGUUGCUCGCGAUUCCCUUUUCCCAGUCGCUGCGUCCGCAGGUGAGAGUUCAUCCUGGAAACGGCCAACUGUUGCCAGUUGCACUCGGCGGGAGCGCGCUGCAGGGAGCAGGAUAACGGCCCCAAUUACUGCCCCAACUGCAGCCAAUUACGGGUGUGAAUUUGAUUAAUUGCCUUACAAAGCGCUUGUGAGCGGAGCAGAAGUGAUUGUAAGCCGGGAUUUGCUAUAACGACUUGUAUGUGAAGCUGACCCCAUUUCCUCUUCAAUUGGCCACAAGAAUACAAAGACGUCUUCUUUCGGCCUUCUUACAGAUUCACCAGAAUGGCCAACUCCAAGCGAAAGCUGCCUACGAAACCCACAGAUGACCCAACAUCACACAAAGAUAGGUCGUCGGAUGAAUCUGUCCCGGAUGUAAAUCACACAAGUGCCCAGAAGUCCUCUCUGCUAAACCAAUUCUUUAGGGAUUGCCUAGGUCACGAUCUGAGCAACUUCAUCAGCUUAGCCCACUUUACCAGCUGGCUACACAGGCCCGUAGAUGGAGCCGCCUUGGGCAUCUUCCGCCUGCUCUACGGAGCAGCCAUGCUGAUUGACAUCGCAGAGGAGCGGGGUGGCGGCCAGCUGGACGUGCGGUUUCAGGACCCGCUCCACUGCCACUUUCCACUGUUCAACGGGAUGCGAGCAUUGGCCUAUCCGCUGAUGGGCUGCGUCUAUUUGUGCAUGUGGCUGGGGGCGUGGGGCAUCAUGCUGGGCUAUCGAUUCAGGUUCAGCUGCCUGGCAUUCCUGAUUCCCUACUGGUACAUCUUCCUGCUGGACAAGCCGACGUGGAAUAACCACAGCUAUCUAUUCGGUUUGGUCGGAACAUUGCUGCUCUUCACCCAAGCGGAGUCCUACUGCUCCCUGGACAGCUGGCUGAGUCCCCGAAAGAGUCGAUGUAUUCCCUACUGGAACUACUUCCUAAUCAAGUUUCAGUUCUUCGUCCUGUACAUGUACGCAGGCCUGAAGAAAUUCUCACUGGAGUGGCUAUCGGGAUACGCGAUGUCCAAUCUGAGCCACCACUGGGUCUUUGCGCCGUUCCGGCAAGUGAUUGAUCCGGAGCUGAUAGACCUACUCAUUGUGCACUGGUUCACCGCCUUCUUCGACGUGUCCAUUGCUUUUUUUAUGACACUGGAGAAAACGCGCCUAUUGGUCACUCCUUUCAUGCUCAGCUUUCACCUAAUGAACUCCCGACUUUUUGUAAUAGGAAUGUUUCCCUGGGUUUGUCUGGCCGAAGUGCCGCUCUUCUUCAGCUUCGACUGGCCGAGGAGGCUCGGCAACUGGUCCAGGAAACGGCUCGUCCAUUCAAAAGGUCCAGAGAAAGAGCCUCCCAGGCCGGGAGUCCUGGCGAGAGUGCGCACGGGUCUCAUCCUCGCAUACUGUGGACUGCAACUCUUCCUGCCCUACUCACACUUCAUCACCAAGGGCUAUAACAACUGGACGAAUGGGCUGUACGGCUACUCCUGGGACAUGAUGGUGCACUCCUACGACACGCUGCAGACCUCCAUCCAGGUGGUGGACAACGAGAGCCGCCAAGUGCACAACCUGAAUCCAUACGCCUUUACGGAGUACGAUCGCUGGACGAAGUACGCCGACAUGGCGGUGCAGUAUGCCAGGUGCAUCGAGGAGAAUAUCCGGGAGGGACAGUCAGACAUUGGAAAAAACAUUUCCAUCUACUUCGACAUCUGGUGCUCAAUGAAUGGUCGCUUCCAGCAACGGUCCUUUGACCCACGCGAGGAUCUCCUCCGGGCCAAGUGGUCCCCCUUUGAGAGCACCUCCUGGUCGCUGCCACUGCUGAACGAGCUGAACCACAUGCGGCCCAAGUUGCGGACCAUUGAGACUGAGGUGCUGGCCUGGAACAAUUACUCCGAUGUCAUCUUUGUGGCGGAUUUCCCGGGACUUACCCUAACCAACUUCAUCUCGCCGGACCUCAUCAACUGCACGCUGACCAUUCUUGAGGGAAACGUUCGGUACAGGAACGAGCGGGAUGCGGAGGCCUAUUUCCUGACAGCCGGCAAGAGCAUCGGUCUGGAGAGCAACAUCACCCACUUGGUGACCACCAUUGGCCAGAAGCCAGCGUCGUACCUGUUCACAUACACCAACAAAACGAUGCUGGAGCAGGACAUCACGAUAGAAAGGCCUGAAACGGAGGAGCGGUCUAUCCUGCCGCUGUGGCAGGAGUUCCAGCACCGGGUGACCAACUACCAGCAGUUUUUGGGCCACAUUUUCAACUGCCUGAUGUACUUGCUCUACGAUGUGCCCAUUCCGCAGGCAGUAAAAGCGGGGGAUUGAAAGACCAGGCUAACCAUCGGCGCUGUUCCGGUUUUAACAGUUUUCAGAUCCGAUUUCAAAUCUGGUCAAUAGCCUAAAAACCUAUACUGCCUGUAAAUCAGAUGAAAAUAGACAUUGAAGAAAGAAUACCCGAUUUGAAGUAUC